AUGACGAGGCCAGAGAUUAUUCGCGCUGACACCAUUGACCUCCAAGACCACGAGACACCCUCCGCGCAAAGGCACCACGGGCCGCCUCCUAACGGAUCACUCGCUCCGCACCAAGCCGAGACCCUCCGAGAGAUCGCGGCCGAAACCGCCGAGGAAAAUCUCCGGAGCCCUGGUGUAGCGUGGAACCCCGACCCAGACGACGUUCAAAUACACACCCUCGCUCUCGACCCGGCCGCCGGUGGCCAGCGAAACGUUAGCUUGGAUACGAUGCGCGCCGGCGCCCAAAAGGAUGCGCUGGCAGUCGCCCAGAAUGGCGGCCACGAGGUCGACGACGGCGAUCUGGACGGCGACGCCGAGGUUGACAUGGACGAUGACAUGAUGGACAAGAUCUCGAGCUCGCCUUCAAUCGAAGACGGUGGGUUAAUAUUUGCUCUUCCGGCCCUCUCUCUAAGCGAAACCGAGUCUCUCCCAGCGUCGCGACGACAAAGUUGUGCCCCCGCGGAUUCGCCGAAUGUUAGCGACCAGAGGUCAUCCUCCCCAUACCUCGAGAGUCCUGACCACCUGCCACUGGGAGAAGACGGCAGAGAACUGCGCCAGCGCGCGGUUGUACAAUCUCCUUUUGUUUCUCGCACAUGUCGCCAUCAUCAUCAUGACAGUGGGUUCGUGCCGAGUGCCACGACCGAAGACCACGUGCCAAGCGAACUAUGCCCUCUGCCGGAUGACUCCGAUUUCGACGACAGCUUGCUCUGGGCGGACGAAGAGGACGAGUGCGACUUCGAGUUGGAGGAUUCGAACAAUGGGGACGGAUUAACAACCAUACGCGAAUCGAGAGGAGAGGGGGUGAAUAAUGAGAACAAUGCAGCACAAGAGGACAAUGCUACCCACGGCCUGACAGUACCUUACGAAUCCGAUGAAGAAGAUGAUGAUGAUGAUGGCGACUUUUCCGGGCUUUCUGACCCCCGAUUCAUUGACUCCGGCUGGGGUGGCGAGUGCUUACAAGAGACAGAGGAUAUCGACUUCGACUUCGUCUACGCCCUUCACACGUUUGUGGCGACUGUUGAGGGACAGGCCAAUGCCACAAAGGGGGACACUAUGGUCCUUCUUGACGACAGCAACAGCUACUGGUGGCUGCUUUCUGCGUCCAUGUUGGGAGACCAACAAGACAAGGCACGAAACCCUAUCAGGUCCGCCAUGAAGAGGAGGAAGAAGAACGUUCAGUUCGCCGCUCCCACUUAUGUUGACUAUUCCGAUAUCGAUUACUCGACCGAGGAGGAAGACGCCGACGGUGAGCUUGCACAGCAACAGCAAGGGCAACAGUCACAGAAAGCCCAACAAUCGACUGGCGACGGGGAAAUGCAUGACGAGACAGCCAAGGUGGAACCGUUGAAGCCGAGGUCACAAACGAAACAAGCCAAGGCCGAUUCGAAGCGGCAGGAAGCCGACGACGACACCGACGCCAACACAACUGUGUCGCGGGCUGUUGAGGAGGCCGCCGACGUCAAGACAGACGGGCCGAAGAAGUCGAGCGACGGCACCGUGCGGGACUCAUUCUUCAAAGAUGAUACCGUCGAGACCAAGAAGAUCACGCUGACGCCGAACCUGCUGCGUGAUGACAAUGCUCCGCGGGCCUCGACCGAAUCCAGGGAAGUGAAGCAACGUCCGAGCCUAGAUAAGCUCGACAAGGACAGCAUCUUCAGCAAGGACGACAAGAAAAAGAAGAAGGAGAAGGAGAAGGACAAGAAGCCUGGCGGUCUGCGGGGUUUCUUCUCCCGGAAGGAUAAGAAAUCGAAAGGAGAGGAUGAUGACGAUUCGUUCGGCAAGCGGUCGAUGGACGCAGACGCCCCGGAGAAGGACAUCGAAGAAGAGGAAUCGCAAGGAUCGCCAGAGAAGGCCGGUCCCCAGAGGAACCCGAGCAAGCUCCAGAAACAGCCGAGGGGCGAACCGUCCCCCACCAGGAGAUCCAACAGCGUCAGAGAGAACGGAGUGGAUGUCAAGUCUUUCUUGUCAGAAGGGAGGGUUAACAACGUCGCGAAUGUUCCCCCGGCGUCGAUGCGCCUGGUCGAAUCGAGCCCCAAGGCGUCUCCCCAAGGCAGCCCCCGAGAUCAGAGACCAGAACGGGACGCGUCGCCCGUCAAGAGCUCCUUGUCAAAGGCGGCAAGACCAGAGCCUCGUCCGGUCAAAUCCGCCAUCGCCAAACCCCGUGCGGAGUUUGACGACUUGGACAGCGACGAGGACGUCGCACCCGAGCCAACACGGCAAGCACCGGUACCCGAGGAAACCACCCGGCAGGAACCCCGCGACGCGCAAGACAACGCCGCGGAAGCCAGCCAGCCAGCACCGGCGAUCGUCCAGCCCACACCGAUCGCGGCGCCGGCCGUCCAGAUCCCAGCACGGACGGCGGCCGACGGGCUCUCGGACUCGCCCGUCCAGGACCGCGUCUCGCCCGUGUCGUCGCCGUCGCCCGAGCUGAUCGAGCACGACGACGCCGCCGACAUGGCCGGCAGCCACAAGAUGGCGACGACGCCGUCGACGACGCGGUCCGAGUCGUGGGACGACGCCGGCCUGCGCGCCUUCUUCGAUUCCGGCUCCGAUAUCCGGGACUUGCUGCUGGUGGUGUACGACAAGAACGAUGUGGACGAUGUCGGCCCCGAUCACCCGGCUGCUGGGUCGUUGUUUAGGGAACAGAAUGCCAAGCUGGCUGAGAUCACCACGCGACUCGAUGACAUGCUUGGGGACUGGUUGGCCCGUAAGCAGAGGCUCAGGGGUUCCGUCUGA